UUACACACGUAUUCAACCUAGCAGCAUGGAGGCCUUAUUUCACUGGGUUUAUACGAUAGUUAUAUCCGUUAUGUUGUGAAUAGGACGGUGGACAGUAACGUCACUUACCGAAUACUGUUUUACGCCCAGAAUAUUCAUUUUCUGUUACCUUCAACAAUGAAACACUCUCCUUUUGCCAAAUUUGUUCCUCAUAAAAACUUACAGCUUCCACAUUUUAGGUGAAAUGUAAAGACAAGUUUACUAUAGCACCUACGUGAGGAAUUGCCUGAAUUACCAGGAAACGUCUUUAUUACGUGCUGUGGUCAGAAAAGGAGUUCCACGAUGCUGCAAAGAGGAACGACACUGAGAAAAUGCAGGAACUGAUCAAGAAGGGUGUGAAUGUCAAGGCCAAAAAUAAAAUAGACCGGAAAGCACUGCACUGGGCAGCAGGAGGUGGGAAUGAACAGGCUCUUCGUGUCCUACUGGAACACGACACUGAAGUUGAUGAGAGGGACAUUUUUGGCAUGAAUGCUCUGCUUCUGGCAUCCUGGUUUGGUCACCUAAAGAUCCUGCAGAUCCUGGUGUCUUGUGGAGCAAAGCUAAACUGUGAAAACAAAGAUGGUCUUAGUAUGCUGCACUGUGCUGCUCUGCGAGGCCACAUCAGAGUAUUGGAGUUCAUCAUGGAAGACCUGGAAAACAUCUAUCUGGACAGAGUUGACAAGUCAGGGAAGACGGCUCUUCACCUGGCUACUGAACAUGGACAGCUUGAAGUGGUGGAGUUUCUGAUUGGAAUGGGUUGCACACAUGGUUUGAAGGACAAGGAAGAGAACACAGCCAUGCAUCUAGCAGUGAAGGGCGGCCACGCAGAGGUCCUGCAGAAGAUUAUAGAGACUGGAGUAGACGUCAAUGAGAGGAAUAUAGAUGGUCUCACGGCUUUGCACCUGGCAGCUGAUGGAGGUCACCAUGAAUGUGUCAAAUUGAUGCUGGAGUCCGGCUGUAAUGUCAAUGCACAAACUAAUAAGAAUAUGAAUGCCCUCCAUUAUGUUGCCCAGCAUGGCUUUGACAGAGAGGCCAGCUUACUUAUGGAGGCAGGAAUCAACAUUGAUACUGUAGACAAUCAACACAACACAGCGCUCCACAUUGCUGUGUUCAGCAAUCACACUGAGGUUGUAAGGCUGCUUAUUGAUGCUGACUGUAACCUGGACAUCACUGACAGUAGACAGCAGACUGCUUUGCACAUAGCAGCAGAGCAUGGCUGGCAAGACCUGGCUGAGAUGAUGCUGAUUUCAGGUCUUAACCUCAAUAUGACGGACAAGCAGGGGAAAACAUGUCUGGAGGUGGCAGCCAGAGGAAACCAUGUCAUCCUGGUUGACAUGAUCAUCAAAGCCGACCGUUUUUAUAAAUGGGAGAGGAAUCAGACGGGCAGUCAGCAGGACUCCUGGGUGGGGAGGCCUCUGAGCUUCAAGCAGGACCACCAGCCAGAGACGCACCACCUUCGCUCUGUCCUGUGGAACCUGGCCACCAAGCACCUUUGCCGCGGGGAGUGGAAGAUUCUGGCACAACACUGGGACUUCAGCGAUGCACAUAUACGUGCUAUAGAACAACAGUGGACAGGUAUGAAAAGCUUCAAAGAGCAUGGUCACCGCAUGCUGUUAAUCUGGCUUCAUGGAGUCGUGGUGGCAGGGGAGAACCCCAUUAAAGGCCUCUACGAGGGGCUGGUGGAUAUCUCCCGCACAGACUUGGCAGAGUGUGUCCGACAGAAGGCAAACGCAGAGACCAACUCUCCCAAAAUCUGCUCUGCAAUGUGAUGGACGCUGUGAGGGACUGAAGGACACACAAGAAGUCCAAGGUUUCAGUUCACAUCAGAACUCUAUUUAACUGUAAAUGCCCUGAACUAAGCCAAUUAAACACUUUGUAUUGUCUAUGGCUUGACCUGUUGACAUAUUCACACUUUGAAUAUACUGUGAUUGUUUUGAAUUUGGUUCACAGAGCAUUUAUUUUCUUUUAGGGUCAGGGGAAAAGAUGGUUGAAAACCUUGAAAAUACCUUGUGAAAUGUAAAGUAACAGUUUUUGUGGGUUUUGAAUACAUGCAGUGAACACCUGCUGACACUAUUCAUACUGUGCUGUAUGUACACAAAGGACUUCAGCAUACUAUGACUACUUGUCAUUCAGCCUCAUAUAAUGUAAAGGAUGUAAUGGUAAGGCAAAAAAAUCCACAAUUUAAUAAGGCCAGAUGUUAUUAUGUGGAUCCUGAUCCACAUAAUAUUUACUAUACAUUUCUUUAUCAAAAAAUGUUUGUCUAGCAGCCACAAAGAAAUCCAAAAUUCCUCCACCCCAUGCAUUCCCGUCCAAUGUUUCUUAAAGUUCCUUUUCCUUAAAUCUGUGUGAUGUAGGGAGGAAUAUGGCUCCAAAAGAAACUAUGAAAGAAGUUGUUAUGACUAUUGUGUAAGCAAACAGUUGCCCACUUACACAUCCAGCAGACACUGAUGAACAUGUGACAACAAAAUGCAUUCGACGUGCAGUUUUUUCUUUGAUUUAUUUGCACAAAAUUCACCACUGGAGUGGUUAUUUGGCCGUGUACCGAAGCCUGACCAGAGUGACUUGGAAAGUGAUCUGAGGCAGACUCAAGAAACUUGGCCAAAGCAUUUUAUUUACAUAGUGCAAUCCAGAGUACACAUGUAACAAAAAUGUAAAGAAAAAAACUUCCAAAACAACUAAACUCAGAACUUGGCUUAACUGAGGAUAAUUCAAAUCAGCUUAAGGCAUGAUCAUGGACAUCUAUUGAUGUGAUCCUCAAAAUAAACCUUCAAAAUAGACCUUUCAAAGCAGAAAUAUUGUGAUAAAAUGUUUCCAUGCAUCACUUAGCCACACCAAAAAUCAUUUGACCAGUUUUUAUGAUCCAAGUGUUUUUAAACGAAAGCUGUAAAUCCGUUUGUAUUGUGUUUGAUCAUGAUCACAGAUUUAAUCUAUUCAUACAAAUGUAAUACCAAGAGCAACCCAGAUGAUGUCACCGUUUUGACUGUAUCAAAUACAUCCAAACAGUUAACCACAGUUACAUCAGUUCAAUUGCAUUUAUUCAUUUGGCAGGUGCUUUUGUCCAAAGUGACAUACAAAUGAGGUACAAUCCAAGCCACAGUAGAUCAAGCAGAUGCAUUCAAGAAAAGUGCCUCAACACAGCCAGAGAAGGAUCAAGAGAUAGAAAGGGGGGGGGCACACUGUAUUAGCUGGCAAAUGAUUCUGAAGAGUUAGGUCUUUGAGUGAUUUUCAAAGAUAGAAAGGGAUUCAGCUGACCAAAUCGAGUCUGGUAACUUGUUCAACUACCAAGGAACGACGCAGGAGAAAGGUUUGGAUUGAGAUUUCCUGCUUUGCAGUGACAAAUGAACUAGUCUUCUAUUGAAAGAGAAGGCUCAUAAACCUGAAUCAGGGAGUUCAGGUAGGUGCGUUCUGUGCUAGGGAGCCAGUGGAGAAUAACAGAAAGUGGGAUGACUUAAGCUGUCUUAGGCUGGUUGAAGACCAGAUGUGCUGAUGCAUUCUUGACCAUUUGCAGAGGUUUUACGGAGCAUGCUGGUAGACCUGCCAGAGACAGUCAAAGCAAGAGAUGACCAGUCCCUGUACGGAGUUGAGUGGCAUAGUCAGUCAGAUAGUCCCGGAUCCUUCUGAUGUAAUAUCAGCUGCGGCUCAGGAGGUAGAAUGGUCGUCUACUAAUUGGAAGGUCAGUGGUUCAAUCCCCAACUCCCCCAGUCCGCAUGUCGAAGUGGUCUUGGGAAAGAUACUGAACCCCAAAUGGGUGAAUGUGGCUUGUAAUGUAAAGUGCGUUGAGUGGUUGAAAAGACUAGGAAAGUGCUGUAUAAGUGCAGUCCAUUCCACUUACCAUAUAUAGUGUGACACAGUUACUUCAGUUAGAUUCAGUGCUUUCCUGAAUCACUGAAGCUAUGCAGCCAAUAGACCUUUUUCAAAGCAGACAUUUUGACUUGUCAUAGUAGGAAAAGCACAGGUGAAACAAAUUUUUUUAACAAUCACAACGUUAUAUAUACAUGAAAUAUCACGUUUUUUGCUCUUACUCCAAAAAAAGACAAUUCCUACUAAACUGUUUACAUGGCUAAUGAAAAGACAUAUCCCACUAAUAUUCCCAUUUACAUGAAGCAUUGCACACUCCAAUUAACACAAAACGCCUCCCUCUUUUAUUCCUUCAACCGCCUUAUUGAAAAGGUCAGCGUUGCAAUAUUUGCGCUUAUCCAAAAACCUGGUGAUAUCCAAGUCUAUCACAAUGUUUAAAAAUGGGUGUGUUUCUCCUUCUGUCCAGAAGUGUGGGGACCCACUUCGUCGCACACGCGAAUAGUUAUUGUAGUGACUAUACAGACAUUUGCUCUAGCUAGCUAGUAACAUACAACAACCUGUCUGUGUGUGUGUGCUUAUAUAACAGUCAGAACUCAGCAGCAAAUCCAAGCUGAGGCUGAAACAUUUUCAACACAUGCAAAUGUGUUCUCUCCUCGGUUUGCAUUGCCUCGAGCGUAUUGGUGUCUAUUUGUGGCCACUUGUGUCUAUACAUUGACCUUGUAAGCAAUGGUGCUGUCUUUAAAAUUUGUUUCACAUUCAGUCUGAACAUACAGCAUAUGAGGGAGUUGGUGAAAGCUGUUAUGAAGCAACCACACACUCUAGAGAGCUAAAAGCUAUGUAGGGUGCUAAUGCUCAGUGGGUCUGAAACAAAAGGGACCACUUCAUAUUACAGGAAAUCACUUGAUUCAUCCAUUCAUGCAUCCAUUAGCUAUCCCACUGAUCCUUCGAAGAUCGCGGGAGGGCCAACUGACACUGGGCGAGAGGCGGGGUACAACCCUGUACAGGUCGCCAGUUUGUCAAAGGGCCACUUCAUUCCAUCUUUGUGUCAAAAAUAUAAAUGACUGAGGCACGGUGCAGUAACUCUGGUACAGUCAUGCAUCUCAACAAUUUCAGUUAGCUGUGAUUUGAUUCAUUCCAUGAAUUCCAUUUUAAAUAUGGAACUUAUUCACCUUGGAAGAUCUGUGGACAUUGUUGACGCCUUUUAAAAAAGCAGCUGAAGAUCCUGCAAGUCUACACAACUUAUCUUUUUCCAUUGUUUUAUUGUGACUAUCUGUUUUAUUCAUCUUUUGUUGUGAAAGACUUUGCUCUAGAUAUCUCUCGCUCACUUUAGCUCUUCCUUUACGAGGAGAGUGAUGACACCAGCUGCGCACUGCAGCAGUUGACAUGACAUGACACAGACAUGAAAUACACUGUAGAUAGCUAUGAUUGAAUCAUAUAACCACAAAAGCACGUGGAAACUUACAUGUAAACCAACCAGCAUCUUCACUGUUUUAAGCAGUGGUGUCAAACUUUAAACUAUUGUGGUCAUUCAACCGCAGUCUGCUCUGUCUUUGUGGGGGGGCAGGACUUUAAGCCUUAAAGAAAAAUGUUCUUUUUAUAAUCUGGCUAUUACAUUCAGUUUUGGACAUAAUUGUUCGUAGAGAGAGAGCGUUAUGACUACUGCUCAGUGUCGACAUUAUCACUCAUGUUGUCUGCUGUUAACUUCCAAUAGCAUUAGUAAUAUGCAGUGCUAGGUCUUGGUUCAACUACAGGUGUUGCUUGCAUGCUAUUGACCAUAUAAAUGAUGCACAGAGUUUAAUAGUGCAGAAAAAUACUUUUAUGCCACACAAAAUUAUAUUUGCUUUUUUACAUGUUCAUCUAACCUUGCUCUAUUUUCUUAUGCAUUAGUAGAUUAUUUUACUUAUUCAAGCCUCUACAAAUUCAAAGAAAACAGGAAAAAUAAACCCUCUUUGGUUGAUCUCGUCGUAACUCAUAAACAUACGCAACCACUGAUGAUGGGUCAUAAGUAGACAUUGCUUAGUUUUAAGGGGUCACAAGCCAUAAGGUUGGGAACAGUUGUUCUAGGUAACUGGGUUAAACUGGGCAUCCCUUCACUGGUGUCUAAACCACAAGAAACAGGAAAUGAUGACUGGAAGUAUGAGAAAAAAAAAGUCCAGUUUAUAAAAAAAUUAACUUAAGGAAUUGUAUGUGCGUCUGAGCACAUUCAUAUCUGUACAUUGUUAUUUUGUUUCUGCUUUGUUCAUGUUUAUGAAUCCAAUGGAUUAAUGCACUAAACUAAGAGUUUUAAACGAUUUGUGCAGAAAUCAGACUUCAGUAUAGAAAUACUGCACCAUGCAUUUAAUGUUUUCAUUUGAAUUCCUGUCAUGUCGGUUUUGCUCUGUCCAAAACACACAUAAUUACACUUUUGUUUCAGCUGUGUUACUGGGGACACCGUGUUUGGGAUGGCUAUGGAGGUUAUAUACAGUAUGUAUUUCUAUUUCUACUUGACGGCUUUUAUGGGGGAGCCACUUGGUGUAAAUAAAGUGUAUAAAAUAAUUGCUAUUUUUGCAUGAAGUGAAUUCAUAAUUAUUUUUUCCAAGGUUCUUUCACAAAGUAAUGACAUAAGUUUUUUUAAUGAUUUCUAUGUCAAAUGUAAAGGUUUUAUGGUACUGCACUGUGCAAUGUUAUGCCAAUAUGCUACUGAAUUUCAACAUGAAUGCACCUCUUUGAAUGUUCAUUAAUGGUAUACAAAAUCCAAGCUAUCAGGAACAGAGUGAGUAUGUUAAGAGUUCUGUUGUCAGGCAGCUGAGUUCUAAAUUAUAUGUGUAGGGUAUAAAUAUAAGAUGUGUUUGCAUGGGUUGAAGAAAUGUUCAACCCACGUGCAGAAAGUCACCUGGUCCUUGAACCACUCAAAGGAUGAGGGAUUAUUGUAUAUAGAUGACUUUUUCCAAAUUCAAUGCAAUAACUCAGUUUUUCUGCACUAAUGCAAAAAUCUUUGUAUAAUUGAUGUAUAAACUUGUAAUGUAACAGUGAACUUGA